CUCACACUGAACAUCAUAGGAACUCAGCAGAGUCGUAGCGCUUGGCACAAAGACGUCCGAUAUGGAAUCAAAGAGCCUGGAGGAGCGGUGUAACCGGAUCCUGAGGAACAUGGAGGCCUCCCUGACGGCCCGGGAUCGUGUGGGCAUCCAGGAUUUUGUUCUGCUGGACGCCUACACCAGUGAGAGUGCCUUUCUGGACAACCUGAGGAAACGCUUCCAUGAGAACCUGAUUUAUACCUACAUUGGGACGCUUCUGGUGUCGGUCAACCCGUAUAAAGACUUGGACAUCUACAGCAAGAAGCAAAUGGACACCUAUAUGGGAGUUAACUUCUUUGAACUACCACCUCACAUUUAUGCUUUGGCAGACAACGUUUUCCGCACCAUGCUGUCGGAGUUCAACAAUCACUUCAUCCUGAUCUCAGGAGAGAGCGGGGCUGGAAAGACAGAGGCCUCCAAAAAAAUCCUGCAGUUCUACGCUGUCAGCUGUCCGAGCACCAAACUCCUGAACAACGUCCGGGACAGGCUGCUGCUCUCCAAUCCAGUGCUUGAAGCUUUCGGAAAUGCCAAAACCCUGAAAAACGACAACUCAAGCCGCUUUGGGAAAUACAUGGACAUCCAGUUCGACCAUCGGGGUGGAGCUGUGGGUGGUCACAUCCUUAGUUACCUGCUGGAGAAGUCCCGCGUGGUUCACCAGAACCACGGUGAGAGAAACUUCCACAUCUUCUACCAGCUGGUGGAGGGAGGAGAGGAGGAUUUGCUCCGCUGGCUGGGCCUGGAGAGAAACUGCAAGAACUACCGUUAUCUGGUGCAAGGGGAUUGUGCCAAAGUUAGUUCGAUCAACGAUAAAAGUGACUGGAAGACAGUGCGGAAAGCGCUGUCUGUCAUAGACUUCAGCGAAAGCGACACUGAGCACCUGUUUGGUAUUAUUGCCAGUGUGCUCCACUUGGGAAACCUAAAGUUUGAAGCAGACGCUCGAGGAUAUGCCACCAUCAAAAACAACCAGGAGAUGCAUUGGGUGUCAAAAUUGUUGGGUAUUCCUAACCAGGUGCUACAACAGGGUUUAACCCACAGAAAGAUAGAAGCCAAAACAGAAGAGGUGCUCAGCCCAUUUUCAGUGGAACAUGCUGUAUAUGCCAGGGAUGCCCUUGCCAAAGCCGUCUAUGGCCGAACCUUCGACUGGCUGGUCAACAAGAUCAAUGAAUCACUGGCUAACCAGGAUUCCUCCAGGAAAAGGGUGGUCGGCCUGCUGGACAUCUAUGGGUUUGAAGUUUUCAGUGUUAACAGCUUUGAACAGUUUUGCAUCAACUAUUGCAACGAGAAGCUGCAGCAGCUUUUCAUCCAGCUGACGCUUAAAUCAGAGCAGGAGGAAUACGAGCUGGAAGGGAUUGAAUGGGAACCAGUGCCAUAUUUUAACAACAAGAUAAUCUGUGACCUUGUGGAGGAGAAAUUCAGAGGAAUCAUCUCCUUGUUGGAUGAGGAAUGUUUGCGUCCUGGGGAGGCCACCGACCUCACCUUUCUGGAGAAGAUGGAGGAAAAGAUUGGCGGCCAUCCUCAUUUUGUCACACACAAACUUGCAGACAAAAACACAAGAAAAACACUGGAAAGAGGAGAUUUCCGCCUCCUACACUAUGCUGGGGAGGUUACAUAUUGUGUUGUUGGAUUCUUGGACAAAAACAACAAUCUGUUGUAUCGAAGUGGAAAAGAGGUCAUGCAACACUCCAAAAAUGGCAUCAUCAAACACUGCUUUCCCUCCUCUGAACCUGACAGCAAAAAGAGACCAGAAACUGUGGUGACCCAGUUUAAGAACAGCCUGGUUGGUCUGACUGAGAUCCUAAUGUCCAAAGAGCCUUGGUAUGUGCGCUGCAUCAAACCGAAUGAAUCCAAACAACCAGCAAAAUUUGAUGAUGUGCUGGUGAGACAUCAGGUUAAAUACCUGGGGCUCAUGGAGCACCUCAGGGUCAGGCGAGCCGGCUUUGCAUACCGACGCAAAUAUGAGCUCUUUCUCCAGAGGUAUAAAGCUCUGUGUCCAGACACUUGGCCCAACUGGAAAGGUACGCCAGCAGAGGGUGUUCGCUGCCUCAUUAAACACCUGGGCUACAAAACUGAUGAGUAUAAGUUAGGCAGGACGAAGAUUUUCAUCCGCCAUCCCCGGACUCUGUUUGCAACAGAAGACGCCUUUCAGGUCUGCAAGCAUCAGCUUGCAACAAGGAUUCAAGCCAAAUACAAAGGUUACAGAGUGAAAGAAGAGUACCUGAAACAGAAAGCGGCUGCCACUAAAAUUGAGAACUGCUGGAGAGGUUUGAUGGCGAGGAAGGAGCGUGAAAGGAGAGCUUGGGCGGUCAAGGUCAUCAAGAAAUUCAUCAAAGGUUUCAUGACCAGAAAUCAACCAGCCUGCAUUGACAACAGUGAGUACCUGGUCUAUGUGAGGCAGAACUACCUCACCCGCCUGAAGGAAAACCUUCCCAAAUCGGUCCUGGACAUGGACUCGUGGCUCACCCCACCACCCAUUUUAAAGGAGGUCUCGCUGCUCUUGCAGAACGUCUUCGUUCGCUAUUUGGUGAGGCAGUACGUCCGAGAAAUCACCCCACAAAGGAAAGCUCAGCUUCUCCUCAAAGCCCAAACGAGCUCCAUGUUCAAAGGAAAAAAAGAAAACUACCCACUCAGUGUGUGCAGCCCGUUUGUUGACACGAGGAUUGCUUUCGAAGACAUUAACCUCAAGGUCCUUCAGACAAUUCAGCAUGAGCACCUCAAGUACGGCGUUCCAGUGGUGAAAUACGACAGGAACGGGUUCAGGCCUCGUCUUCGGCUGCUCAUCUUCACCCAGGAAGCCGCCUACUUGGUCGAAGAAACAAAGAUUAAGCAGCGGAUUGAUUUCACCUCGUUGAAAGGUGUGUCUGUGAGCAACCUGAGCGACAACUUCCUCAUCCUCCAUGUUACAUGUGAUGAUAUCAAACAAAAGGGAGAUCUGGUUCUGCAGUGCGACUUCCUCUACGAGGCUCUGACUAAGCUCAGUUUUAUUGCUGACAAGCAGAGCUGUAUCAAAGUGGUUCAGGGGAGCGUGAGGUUUGACAUUCAGCCUGGCAGAGAGGGAUUUGUUGACUUCAAAAGUGGCCAGGAAUCCAUGGUCUACAGAGCAAAGAACGGCCACUUGAUGGUGGAAUCAACAAGAACCAGAUGAAGAUGAAGCUUAACUGGGAUGAUGAGGCUCUUAGAAGCCUCAGAGAUGCAGAUCUUUAAAACAAAACAAAAAACCAGCCAUUCUUUCUCAACCUCCUCAUGCUCUUCAUAAUGACUGAUUUUAAGUUUUUCAUCUUUAUGAUAUUACUUUAUGGUAGUCUGAUGUUGUUCGUCACCAAAUAAUGCCAAUAUCUCAACAGCAGAAAGAGCAACUGAAGAGUUUGAUCAGAAAACAUAUAAACUAUAUAAGCUAAAAAAAGCCUGUUUUGUAUUUGACUUUUGUUGAUAUGGCAAUUUAAGACAUGCAUGUGUAAAACCAUAAAGAGCUUACCUAUGCCACACCUUUGUGUAAGAACAUGCUUAACCAUACAUAAGUUUAUAAUAAUUACCUUUAGAAAACUAGGUUAGUGAAAAUACAGUGCAAUAAAUAAUUCUCAGUCUAUCUAUACUCUGUGUUCACUGAUGAUGCUCGUAUUGCAGCUCCCCCUGCUGAGCAUUUGCUGAUUGUGCAUAAGGUUGUGCUGGCAAAACAAAUCCUGAAGUGUCUUUCCUCGGUUGUUUCAAGUAGAACAGGAAAGAUUUUGCUGAGUGACAGCAAAUCUUUAAUCCUUAGUGCUAAAUAAAAUGUUGGUCCACACUUUGCAGUUGUAGGACUGACCUCUUUAGGCUUUCCAAGACAUUUAGGAAAGUGGUUUUGGGAAGUGUUGAUCAGAGGGGCAAAUAUGAGAUCAGACAUUGAUGUUGGACAAGAGAGACUGGCCUCCAUCCUCCACUGUUAUUCAUCUCUAAGGAGCUCAGGACUCUGCGAUGGCAAAGGAAAUGGAAACUCAUGAAGCUCUACAUAAUAUACUUGAGCUAAUCUGCUAAUCUGAAGGCCACAUGAAGUUUGGAGAAUCUCAACCCCCAACCCAUCUACCAACCCAGCUCUGUUAUUCCCAAUACCUUUGUUAUAAAACCUCAGUCAGGCGGCUGAGUGGGGAUUAUUUGAAGAAAAAUCCACAACUGGGAUUAGCAGAGCUCUGAAUAGUGAUCUAAACUUUCCAAAUGUUCAUAGAAACAGUCUGAAAAUAGGUGCUGAAUUUUAUACCUUUGUAGUCAUGAAAGUGGUUGUAACACCUAAUUUAAUAUUUCUAAUGGGUAGCAAUAGUACAUAUGUAAUGGUGAAAAGUAAACAUCCUCAUAUUUUAAAAUGCAUUGAAAGUGUGCUGCUAUAUGACUAAUAAAAAUGACAUAUAUUACGUAUAUUACAGACUACAUAUAGUUGU